AAAAAAGAAAACAGCAAGCAACAACAACAACAACCACAACAACAACGAACACGAAAUUUGUCACCAGGACAUACCCAAAAAGCCAGCAAAUCAUUUUGCCUGCACGUGUGUGUGUUUGUGUGUUUAGUGUGUGCAUAUUUGAAAUGAUGUUUGCAUAAAACGAAGCAAAUUUUGUUGCAUUUUUUAUGCCAAUGUAGCCGCUCGACCUGUACACUACUCACAGCACAUACAUUGAGAAUUUACGGGUUACAUUUGAGUUUGCCAUUUGGCACAGUGAGAACAAAAAAAUAAUAAUAAAAAAUACGCCUAAGCGAAAUGGGGUCCAACAUGAAGCCGCCACUAAAAUGCGCACCAUUUAUUUUGUGCCUCAUCAUUGGCACUCUGCACCUAACCGAGAUCGAAGCACACGAGCAUGGCGAUGGAUAUAAGCCAGAUGGUGAAAUUUUGCGCGUGCUUGUAAAUAACUCGGCACAAAUCAAAUGCGAUGUGGGCUCCAGUUUGCCCGAUGACAAAGUGCUGCUAGUCGUUUGGUAUAAAAACAAUUUGCCAAUCUAUAGCUAUGACACACGUGGCGCCCACGCGGGCACGCCCUCCCAUUGGCGGGAUGAGGAGGUACUCGAGGAUCGGGCUGUCUUCCGCACUCACAAGGAGCCAGCGGAAUUGAUUAUAAAUCCGGUUAAGGAAAAGGAUGCGGGAAACUUUCGCUGUCGUGUGGAUUUUAAGCUAUCGCAGACCAGAAACAGCAAUGUCAAUUUAGAAGUUGUUGUGCCCCCACAGCAGCCGAACAUUUACAAUGAGCGCCGACUGCGCAUCGAUUCCCGUGCGGGUCCCUACGAGGAGGGCGGUAGUCUGGAAGUCACCUGUGUUGUCUAUGGCGGCUCGCCACCGCCAACUGUCACGUGGCUGAUGAAUGGACAACUUCAGAACAGCGUUGUCGAUUACACAUACGAUGGCACCAUCAACAGCAAAUUGGUGGUGCGUAACUUGUCACGCAUCCACCAGCAUGCGGUCUACACGUGUCAGGCGAGCAAUUUCCACAAGAAAUAUGUGGCCACCAAUAUAACGAUUGAGCUCUAUCUGCGACCCCUUCUGGUGGAAAUCAGCUUCAACAAUCAGCCAAUGUCCGCCGACCGUAAAUACGAGAUCGAAUGCCAGGCAAUUGGCUCGAGGCCACCCGCAAAGAUAACCUGGUGGAUGGGCAACCUUGAGAUGCACGGCCACAGCCAGAAGGUCUCUGAGGAUGGGAAUGCCAGCACCUCGGUGCUGUCAAUCACUCCAACGAGGGAGGAUCACGGCAAAGCGUUAUCUUGCCGCGCAACCAACGAGCUUGUUCGCAAUGGCAUACGAGAGACCGCCAUGAAGCUAAAUGUAUUCUUUAUACCCACCUUACAACUGGACCUGGGCUCAAAUCUAAAUCCGGAGGAUAUCGAAGAAGGCGAUGAUGUUUAUUUCGAGUGUAAAGUGCAUGCAAAUCCAGCUGCUUAUAAAGUUGUCUGGAAGCAUAAUCACCAAAUCAUCCAACAUAAUCAGCGUGCCGGAGUAAUUGUGAGCAGCGGAGAUCUGGCACUACAGGGAGUGACGCGUCACCAGGCCGGAAACUACACGUGCACCGCCUCCAAUGUGGAGGGCGAUGGUGACUCCAACAUUGUCGAGCUUAAAGUUAUGUAUAAACCAAUUUGCCGGCCCGAUCAAAAGAAAAUCUACGGCGUUGCCCGCAGCGAGGCGGCUGAAAUCGUUUGUGAAGUGGACGCCUUUCCACCGCCCGAGAAUUUUAAGUGGUCAUUCAACAACACCGCCGAAACUUUCGAUAUGCCGCAAAGCGGUUUUCGACCCCACUCUGCACAGGGCUCGACGUUGACCUAUACGCCGGUAAAGGAAAUGGACUUUGGUACCAUCAUGUGUUGGGCGGACAACAAUGUGGGUCAACAAAAGGAGCCGUGUGUAUUCCACUUAAUAGCUGCGGGCAAACCGGAAGCGCCCACCAAUUGUACCGUGGUCAAUCAAACGUCCGAUUCAUUGGAGGUAUAUUGCCUUGAAGGAUUUGACGGAGGCAUGCGUCAAUGGUUCCUUAUGGAAAUCUUUGAUCAGCACAGUGGUCUGCUGCAGGCCAACAUAAGCGCCAAAUUUGCAGUAUUCAGUGUUACUGGCCUAGAUGCGGGUCGUCUAUUCCGGAUCUAUAUCUACUCGGUGAACGGACGGGGACGCAGUGAAGCGGUGGCCGUCGAUGGCUACACUUUGAAGGCCGCCGAGAAGCAAACUGUUGCAUUGACGUCGUACAAGGGUAGCGCCCAGGGGGCGAACAGCUUUGAGCUGACACCCAUUCUGUCCAUUGGCAUCUUUGUGGGCAUUCUGGUGGCCCUGGUCUGCAUUGGGAUUGGGACCAUUGCAGCGUUGAAGUUGCGCUCGCACAAGCAUCAGCAUCAGCAGCAGCAGAAGUUCGCACAUUCGAAUGCGAAAUUCUCACGUCCAGGCAAUUUGCAAAUUAAGGAUAAAAUCUCAUUGCCAUUGAGCCACUCCGAGGAGAUGUACGACGAGAAGAAUCCCGAUGUCGUCCCCUACAAUGAGGUUGAUGGCGAAUAUAAACAAAAAUCAGCAACUCAAACGCCUUCGGGACAUCUUUCGACAACCAGCGAGGCAGAAAUCAGUUGCAAACCUGGCGCCACAGCUGGCGUCGGCAUCAGCGCCGGCUGCUCGGCUGACAGCGGCGCUUACCAGAGCAGCAAGGACGAUGAACUGCAUUAUGCGGAACUUUCGCUAAACAGCGCCGCGUGCAGCAGCUCAAAGAAGAGCCAACCCAGCCAGAGCACAGCUCAGCAACAGCAGCAGCAGUCGCAGUCUCAGCAGCAGCAGCAGCAGCUAGUUAUGGGUGGCACAUUGCCACACGGCUCGAGUAUGAGGAAGCUCUUGCCGAGCAUUCCGGCAACGGCGACGCUGCAGCGCCACAAGCCGAAUGCGGGCGGUCUGCAGCAUCCGCAUCAGCAUGCACCGCCGCCCACAUACGAUUAUUUUGAGGAGCCCACGAUAUACGCGCAGAUAGAUGCAUAUAAGACACGAACUGGAGCUGCCGCCGCCGCCGCUGCUGCUGCCGCCAUGCAGGUGGACACUGCGGCCGGUGCGGCUUUUGGUCCAUGUGUCUCAUCGCCGGGGUCACAGGGCACACCAUCAACUGUGUCGCCGGGCACAGUGCAAAUGUAUACGCUACCUCCACAUCCGGGUGGCUAUCAUACCCUGCCGCAUAAUCACCAGCAGCAGCAACAGCAGCCGCAUAACUCGGCAUCCAUGAUGCAAAUGAUGCAUCAACAGUUGCAACAUCAUCCAGCUGGCAACAUUCCCAUGCCGCCCUCCUACCAGCAGCAUCAGCAGCAGCAGCAACAACAACAGCAACAGCUGGCACAUGGCCAAAUGCUCGUCUCGAGCAACAGCAGCGGUCUGGCCUCGACGGCAGCCGUAGCCAGUCCCAGCAGCUCCCUGUCAGGACUCUCCGGCGUGGGCAAGUCCUAUUCGCGCGAAAUAGUCACAGUACGCACGCCUCUUAUGUACUCGCAGCAGGAGAGCUGCGUCUAAGUUGCAGUCCUUUUUAAAUUGAGAGCUCGUCGAGGUUUGUGUCUAGGCUAAGCGCGUUGCCAAAACGAAUUGAAAGCUUAAAUUAACCUGAAAAAAACAAGAACUACAAAAAUUUAACAAAAAUU